UGUCGCCAUCUGCUAUAGGAAGAAAAACACUGCGGAAUAUUCUCUGAGGCACAUGAUACACGUUAACAAAACAGGCUUAAUAAACAUAAAACAAAAAUAGAUAACUGAAAAGCAGAAACCAAACUUGUGCAACAGGUGUUCAGCAUCCUGCGGGCGUCAGGGAGGAAAGGAGCGGAUAACUGAGCGAGCCACAUCGUCGGGCAAAACAUAGAAAGCAGGUUAGUUUAUCGCUCAGAUUAAGAACAAUGGACUGAGUUGUAUUGCAACAUGUAAAAAGAUAUCGCAUGUUAAAAUGUGUAUGAACGGAAACGGAUCUUUCUUUUGACCGACUGGCUCUGGGAGGAUGUGGAGCGAGAACUGAAUUUUCCCACAAAACUAACCGGGUUACUGAGAUGAUCUGAAGCGUUUGCAAAAAUACAAUGCUGACCCCAUUAGCAAGGUGAAACGAUCGGGCUCAACGCAGGCAACCAAAGCAAGGAGUCGUCCAACCUGCAGCAGCGAUGCUGGUGGAGGGGGACAGGACGCUGCUCGCAGCAAGGCAAGGGGACGUGCAGAGUCUCAAAGUGCAAUUAGCGCAAAAAACGCUCACCAGCGACGUCAAGGACGUGCUGGGGGCUUCACCGGUCCACCAUGCAGCCCGUGCCGGGAAACUAACCUGCCUGCGUUUCCUGGUGGAGGAGGCAGGGCUGCCGGGUAACUGCCUGGCUAACAACGGGGCAAGCCCGGCGCAUGACGCAGCAGCCACCGGCAACCUGGCCUGCUUACAGUGGCUGCUGACACAGGGUGGAUGUCGGUCAGAGGACAGGGACAGUUCUGGUGCCACCGUUCUCCACCUUGCAUCCCGCUUCAGUCACCAUGAGAUCACCAACUGGCUGCUGAAGAGUGGCGAGGUGGACCCGGGGGCCUCCACCGAUACCGGCGCCAUACCCGUUCACUAUGCUGCUGCCAAGGGAGACCUGACCUCUCUCCGACUGUUGCUGGGGCACAGCCCAAACGUUGUCAACUCCCAAACUAAGAAUGGUGCCACGCCGCUCUACCUGGCCUGCCAGGAGGGUCAUUUGGAGGUCGUCCAGUACCUGGUCAAGGAUUGUGGGGCGGAUCCGAGCAUCAGAGCCAAUGACGGGAUGACACCUCUGCAUGCUGCUGCCCAGAUGGGCCACAACACUGUCAUCGUCUGGCUGAUGAACUGCAUAGAGAUCGGCCUGACAGACAGGGACAGUGACGGGGCCACGGCCAUGCACUUUGCAGCCAGUCGUGGCCACGCAAAGGUGCUCAGCUGGCUGCUGCUGCACGGCGGAGAGAUUGUCACUGACAACUGGGGAGGGAGCCCGCUUCACGACGCUGCAGAGAACGGUGAACUGGAGUGCUGUCAGAUCCUUGUGGUCAAUGGGGUGGACUUGGGCAUCAGGGACCAGGACGGCUUCACAGCAGCAGACCUGGCUGAAUACAACGGCCACUCCCAGUGUGCCAAGUAUCUGCGCACUGUGGAGAACAUGAGUGUGGAGCACCGUGUUUUGUCUCGGGACCCCUCAAUGGACCCCGAGUACAAGCAGCCGGACUCAGGGCUCUCGUCUCCAAACACCACCAUGCCCCCUGCCAACCAGGCUGCACACUUUGACAUCAGUUCACCAUCCAGCUCCCUGUCCAACUAUGACUCAGCCAACUCCAGCCAGUCCAGCACUGGCGAGAAAAGGAGCAGCUUAACAUUGCCACGAGGCCUGCCCGCUCAGCUGAACACAGUCGCACACACAGGUGCAUCAGAGUCAGCCAUUUCAGACAUGCAGGCGUAUAUGGACUUGCUAAACCCAGACAUUGGCUCUGACAUACCCAAGAAGAAUGAGAUACCUGCUGAAGCAGACUCCAAGCCCCCACCACCACCAACCUAUCCACCCCCGCCUCCUCCACAGUCUCCACCGGUGCCCCCUCCACCCCCGAGCUUCCCAGCACCACAGCACCCUCAGGAGCCGACGUCAGCUGAGUUCCUGAAGGUGAAAAGCAACUUACGACACGUGGACAACAAGACAGAGGAGUAAGAGAGCUUUGUUUUUAACCAGCAGCUGACUCCUAGAGAAAGCCACGACAAACUGCGGCGUGUGGAUUCAAACAGGAGGUCAAGGAGCUUCAGCAAGCAGCCCAGCACUGGGGACUACUACAAGGCCCUCGGCAGCGACACAGCCGAGCCCCGAGGGAGCAAAGGCAUGGCACCCAACGAGGAGGGCUCUGUGUUAUUGGAGGAGUCUACCGACAGCCCCGCCCACAGCUCAGAGAAUGGCACCACAGAAGAAUCAGUUGCGCCCCCACCUCCUCCACCUCCGCCUCCUCUUCCCUCAAGCAACCCGACGCCAACACCCCCUCCGCCUCCUCCAUUGCCCCCGGAGACGCCAACCACCCAGAAUUACUCUGCCAGUAACACCUCCACCAACCAGCGACGCCUAUCUUCUUCAUCAGGAAGCACAAAAUCUUUCAACAUGAUGUCCCCCACUGGCGACAACUCGGAGCUGCUGGCAGAGAUCAAAGCAGGAAAAAGCCUCAAGCCAACACCUCAAAGUAAAGGCUACACCACUGUCUUUUCCAGCAGCGGACCCACAGGCAACAAUGAAAACACAGCAUCUCCACCAGAGACCCGCACAUCUAGCCCACCAGCCAAGCCGUCAUCCCCUCCACCAUCCAAUACGUCGGUCACCUCUCCACCCAUUACCCCUAGUCCCAGCCCCAGUCCCACUGGCUCCGGAUCUGCCAGCACCAUGUCAACCUCUUUGAGCAACGAGAAACUGUCCUCCAAUGCUGUGAUCAAUGGGAACGGAGCCGGCACGGCAGGAGCAGAGUCAGGGCGGAAGAUGAGCCUCGCAGAUGUGGAGGCGCUAGUGCCCACUCAUGACGAACAGGGAAAAGCGAUCCCUGAAUGGAAGAGGCAGGUGAUGGUGCGAAAGCUUCAGGUCAAGAUGCAAGAGGAGGAGGAGCACAAGCGCAAGGUUGAGGAGGAAGCUGCACGACUGGCAUCGAUGCCGGCCUGGAGGAGAGACAUGAUGAAGAAGAAAAUGGAUGAUGAGAGAAAAGUGGAGCAGCAGGCCAAACAGGCCAAGGAGAUGGAGGAGAAGACAGAGCUGGAGCGACUACGGACCCUGGGCUUCGACGAGACCAAGCUGGCCCCCUGGCAGCGACAGAUUAUUCUGAAGAAAGGGGAUAUAGCCAAACAGUGA